GCCGCGCCCGCAGGGAUGCUGACGGCGCUGCACGCGGGGGCUUCGCUCCCCUCCCCCUCCCGCCAGCAGCACCGGAGGGAGGACGGACGGACCGACCACGGACCCCUGCCGGCCUCCGCCGAGCUGGAGAGGGGAGGGCGUCCUGACGAACAGCGCCGUGCCUCCCUCCGGCCCUCUGCUGGGAAGGGCCCACCUCUCCUCCUACUCCUCCUCCCUCUGAGGGCCGCCGUGGCAGGAGGCCUCCCUGGCGGCUGGGAGGCAGACCCGCCCGGAGGAGGCGCUCGGGAGAUAGGAGCAGUCUGCACAUGCUCAACGGCGUGCCGCCGCCUGCCUGCCUUCGGGGCGCCUGGACUCGCCGUCCCUCUCUCCGCCCUCCCCUUCGGCAACUCGGCCCCUCCCGGCCCGCCCCCCGGUUGCCUUGAAGCGGGCGGGAGGUGGGAGGUGUUCCGCCAGUUCGUCCCACGCAGGCCGGCAGCUUGGCCGUCCGUCCCGUCCAGGCUCUUCCGGCUCCAGCUCCGGGAAGCGCCCAGAAGUGUGAGGAUGGCCCCCGGUUGCUGCCUCCUCCCGGCUCUGCUGCUCUCCCUGCUGCAGCUGACCAGAGCCCAGAACCCCGCCGCCGCCCCCACCCACAACCAGAGCAGGCCCGUCUUUCUCUGCGGAGGUGACUAUACUGGAGAGACCGGCUACAUUGCCAGCGAGGGCUUCCCCAGCCAUUAUCCUCCAAGCAAGACCUGCACCUGGAGCAUCACGGUGCCAGAAGGGCAAGUGGUGAUGCUCUCCUUCAGGGUCUUUGACCUGGAACCAGACCCCAUUUGCCGCUAUGACUACCUGGAUGUGUACAAUGGGCACUCGGCGAUGGAGGGGCAGCGCCUGGGGCGCUUCUGUGGCACCUUCCGCCCGGGCGCCAUCCUCUCCACCAGCAACCGCAUGAUGCUGCAGAUGGUGUCGGACGAGGGCACCGGGGGGAGAGGCUUCCUCGUGUGGUUCAAUGGCGGGCUGCCCCAUGUCAACGAGCACCAGUUCUGUGGGGGGAAACUCGAGAAACCCCAGGGCACCCUCAAAACCCCCAACUGGCCUGAAAGCGACUACCCACCUGGCGUCAGUUGCUCUUGGCACAUUGUUGCCCCAAAGGACAAGGUGAUUGCGCUGACUUUUGGGAAGUUUGAUGUAGAGCCUGACACUUACUGCCGCUAUGACUACGUUGCGGUUUUCAAUGGAGGAGACCGGGAUGACUCGCGGCGCGUCGGCAAGUUCUGUGGGGAUGAAUCACCCAGCCCGGUCUACUCGGAUGGGAAUGAACUGCUGGUCCAGUUCGUCUCGGACCUCAGUGUCACGGCCGAUGGCUUCUCUGCCUCCUAUGUGGUGAAGAACCCCAAUUUGCUGCUGGAUAAAGCCGUCUCCCAGCCUGGGGGACGUGUCUUCCCAGGCUCCAAGCCAGCACAGCCGGACAGGAAGCCUCUUCCUCCAAAGGUCAAACCUGCCAGCAAUCCCGCAGCUCCUGCCAAGCCAGCUCCAGGCCCCAAGCCAAACCCCAAGCCUCGGCCCAGCGGCACAGAGCCCACAGCAACAGACCCUGAUGAGGUCUCAUGCCCACAGCAGUGCCGCCGGACAGGGACACUCCAAAGCAAUUUCUGCAGCAGUGAUUUUGUGAUCACGGGUACGGUGAAAACGGCCGUGCGGGGAGCUGGGAACAGAGUGACUGCCACGCUCACGCUCACCAACACGUACAAAGCUGGAGCCCUGAGCCUCCCCGCAGCCGGAAAUGGAGCCACUCUUCGUCUGGAGGUGCCCUGCAGACAGUGCCCCAUCCUCAAGAAAGGGGCCAGCUACGUCUUCAUGGGCAAGGUGGGCGCAGACGGAGCCGGGCAGCUGACCCCCAACAGUUUUGUGGUUCCUUUCCGUCAGCAGCAGCACCAGAUCCUCACCAACUUCAGCAAACGCCCUUGUGCCCCGCCUGCUACCAGGAACCGGACCUGAGCCUGUCCGGGGAGGGCCCCGCCUCCCUGCUCACUUGCGGACAGAGACCUUGGCCGUGCACCCUUACCACCUCAAGGAGUGGCACUUGCCUGCCCCCAUCUGCCUCCAUAUAACCAAUAAAGGGGGAGAGGAGAUGUAUCCCACAGACUCCCUGCGCUUGCGUCUGUGCAGGGGUGAGUGUCAACACACGUCUGUGCAUGCCCAGGCUGCAGCUCUCUUAAAAGUAUUUUUACACA